GCACUCUCAGUGUUAAGUAUGUAGCUGCAUUUGAGAACUAAAUAUUUAAAAUGAACGGAACAAAAUCGAAAUCGAUGAAUUGUAGAGCACUUAUUGGAAAAAUGAAUAUUUGAUAAUGGGGUACGUUCCCUUUUCGAGCUAGCGACGGAUUCGUGUCAAAAUCUUCAUCAAACAUAUACUGGAGAUUCCCUACAUCUUCGUGAAAUUCAAACCUAUCCAGAAUGGAAAGUUCAAAUGUGUUUCAGGAAUUUGAGGAAGCAUCACAGAAAGCAAUCUAGACAAAGGAUAAUAAAUAUAUUGCCUGUCGGCCCCUUUCCAAAGGUUUCACGGGUGCCAAUUGAGCAUGGAAGUGUCUCCACUUUCGAGUUGAUCAGGAGGUUUGUGACUUACUUCUUUUUCGGAAUGGACGUGAAAUUUCGUGAAGAGAUUGCCGUCACGAAGGUGAAUUGUAAACAGAGAUUUCAUCCAAAUACUGGGAAACUGCAGUUGUUACAGGUCAGAGUAUAUGAAGUUGUCAUACCUCUCAGUUAGUAAAUGUGCUAUGAUUGGUCAAUUUAGCGGAACAUAUUUCGCCUUGCAGCCCCACUAGAUUCCAAAGUUUGUUUAAAUUGUAAUUUUACCCCGCUAUUUGCACCCACAAAUGAAAUAAAACUGUUUUUUCUUUUCUACAUGGAUUUAUGGCCCACAUGCUUUUGCACCUAGCUAGCUCAUAAAUCUGAGCAAAAAACUUAGUCCAUAACUAACUGUUAGGACUUCAAAUUUGGUUAGUAAAUAGAGUUUAUUGCAUGGCCACGUGGAGAUAAGAAAUCUCUCUUUCAGGGAAAUUUGGUAUCUCCACGCAGCCAUGUAAUAUUCUCUUUGUUAUAUGAACACCAACAAAAUACCAGUCAUUUCACUUUAAUAUUUAUUUAACAUAGAACGUGGAAAGGUGCGAUUUUAUUAUGUGACCAUAGCAACACUGAUCUUUACAACUGUGAAGAUAUCAUGUUUUUGCAUCUAAGCUCACUUGGUAUUUCCGUGGUGUUUAUAUAAUAAGAAGUAUUUAUCUCCUAGACUGUAUUUGCAUUUUUAGAAACUACAAUAUUACCACCAACUAGGUGUAUAGUCCAGUUCCAAAUUGCUCUACUUUUGGCUAAAUUCAGAUAAACACAAUCAAGUGUGGAAAGUAAUGUGGGAUUGUGAUGUAGUUAACUUUCACUUUUUGUCUCUCUGUGAUUAGUCUUGAAAAUCUUGUGCUUGUCAGUUAUAAAGCCAAGCCAAUUUUGAUUUGGUUACUUGAGUUUUCCUAUACUUUAGGUAGUUUUUCUAUUUUUAGAUGGAGUUCUCAAUGGCCUUUUGUGCUAUUCUCUUUUUUUCUUUUUAAUGACAUGAUUGGCUUUUAUCACCACUCUGAUUGUGGUCUCACAACACUUAAUCAGGAAGUGCACCUAUUUGGUUUUGACAGGUAGCAUUAAAAGAAAGGGAGUAAGUUUCUAAAAAAACUGUUAGUGAUAACUGGUGUGGCAAGCAUUGAUGAGGGACUAAUGCAAAAAAUGUCAGCUUUAAAAAAUCUCUCCAAUAGCCAAUUGACAAAAUCAACUCGGUUUAUGAAACAAAAUUAUCUUGCAACACUAGUUCUUGACACUUGCAUGUACUAAUGGGGGUCUACUGUUAUUCAGUCAAUGGGAAUAAUUAGUUCAGAUAUUGUGGGCUUAAAAGGGAAAGGGGAAAAAAAAAACAAAACAUUUACAUUAGUAAUCUCUUUGCUUUCAAAUGUAAUAAUACAGUAUUCAUUUCUUGUCUUUCAAUGCAAUCCCUUCAUUGUGGAUUGUAACAUUUUGAUUGCUUGUUGUUGGUAGGAGCCUUGUAACUAGUCAACAUCAUGAUUUAAUUAAAAAAGGCCAUAGUCUAGAGUUGAAAUGUUACAGCCCAUGCUGGAAGUGACGCGGGCAAGCAAUAAAUCCUUUCUUGUUACAGCUGUAUCUAAUCAAAAUGAAUGAUCAAAAACCUCUUUUACUCUUAUUUCAGAUUUGAUGCAUUAUUUUAAAACUAAUCUCCCUGCAGAUGGUUACGGCAUCAUUGGUCUUACAUUAAUGGAUCUUUAUCCUGGUGAAGAUUGGAACUUUGUUCUCGGGGAAUCAUCAUGUGAGGAUGGUUGUGCUGAGGUUAGCUCUGGCCAUUCUGAGCCACAGUCCUACCAGAAUAGACAUUUGAAUGAUACAAAAAGUCAGAAAAUUGUGGGAGUGCAAUGUGGCAAAGCUGAUGGAACUAUUUCCUCAGUCUCUUUUGAGAAGAAUGACCAUUAUAAUGUAAGCCUUUACCUGGAAGAUUUUGCAGAUAUAGAAAAAGGCAAUAAAGAGAUCAUUUGGAGACUUCUUAGGGUAAGAUGUUCAAAAACGAACAUACUCUGCCAGAGUGUACAUUUAUGAAACCUAAGUAAAAUUUGAUUGCAUUUCAACAAACUUGUUCUUUAUGUUCUCAGCCUUCAUAAGUAUUACACAUAAGCAACCAAGAUUCCCUGGGCUUGUGAGAGUAUAGGUGGGUGAGACAUGCAAGUUAUGUAAUGUGUCAUUCAGAAAAUCAUGAACAGUUUAGACUGAUUCUGACUAAAACUGUCCAGAUCCCGUUUCAUGCAGAAAUAUUAAAAUAAUUCAUGUGUCAUGUGUACUUGAACCAUUUAACUCCCACGAGUAAACAAGACAGAAUUUCUCAUUACAAUAUCAAUACUAAAUUCUCCGAACUAACAUUAUAUGAAUUGUAUGGUUGACAGUAUGGAGAAUUACAAAUUUGAUCGGGGGGUUAAAGAGUUUAACGGCAGAUAAUCUCAAGCGUCAUCAAGAAUUUGAAAGGUGAAACUUUAAACCUCAUCAUACCUUGACUUUCUGUAAAAUUCACGCAUCUCUUAUACGUCUUAGGCUUAAUCAACCUUUAUUUCUUCGUCCAGUUCCUUUACGUAAACUACAAAAAGCUGUUGGCUUUGAUGUCGUGGAAAGGUACACUGGUUUAUGUAACCUUCUGGAGUACGUCAUGAACAAAAUACUUUCUAAAGAUGAUUAUAGCCACUCUGAAGACGGAUCAUUACUUAACACUGAAGAAUGCAAAUUUGUAAUGGCCAUCAAUUGGUUGAAAUCAGUGUUUAAGUUUAUCAAGGGGAACAUUGAUAAAAACCCCAUUAGAUAUUAGGGCUGCAUGGACAAAGAAUGCUCACCCCUGGUCACAGGAUUUUAAACCAUUUUUCCAUGAGCGCGCGUUGGAUACGAAAUGAUAGCCAACGAGAUCCGUAGGGCCGGGUUGUCUGUAACCUUCUCAUACCCAAUAAGCGUGAAUGGAAUAAUUGUUUUACGAAAAAUGCUGUAAAAUUUAGAUAAAUCUUCCCAUCUUUAUUUCGUAAACUUUGUUUUCUUAUAUAAUGGUUUAUAACCAUGAUAGCUAAUCUUAGGUAUGGAUGUCAUCCCCUGGCAAACAACAGAGAAGAGAGCGCGAUUUGUUGACCUAUGUUCCCCUCUCUUGAAUUUUCUUCAGAAAAGUAAAUAAGCACGUUUUUUACCAAAGCACUUAACAUUCUAGUCAGCAGUACCUUGUAUGAUGGUAGGUGCUUGAGAAGAAAAAAUGAAAAAUGGAAAAAAAAUACAACAACAACAAAGUACAAAUCAAAAGGCGAAACCACUCCAAUAACCGAUAACGACCUGUGUGAAAUUUUCCUGAAAUUUCAAAGAAAAGAAGUUUUCUCUGAAAAAUUGACAAGGAUGAUUUAUUUAUCGAUCUUGAGAAUGAAAUGCGACAGAAUUAUCCAGGUGUGAAAUUAUACUAACUUAAAUAGCACGUCUUGGUGCGGUUUAAUCUGCAUCACAAAACAAUGAUAGUCAGUCGAUUCCAGUCGACCUUGGUUUAUGGUGCUGUUUCAGCUUCUCCACCUAAGACGACGUGCGUUGAUUCUUGGUGAACGUGCCUUUUGGCUGUAGCAAGUGAUUUGAGAGUAACAAUAGACCCCAUGAAUGCGAGAAUCACUAUAGCUGCAGUAGGGACACUUAUUAUCGCUGGAACAUUGAUAGAAUGUUUAGACCAAGAUAAAAAUAAGACAGCAGGGUGCCUACGUGCCUGCGGCUGGGAUGAGCAGAAAACUUUGACCAAGAGAGCUCGGGUAGAUUAUCUCUUUCUCUUCCAUUUACAUCGAAAUUUCCAUGUUAUGGUGAAAAUCAGCCGUUGGCUGAGAAUGUAGCGUUUUGAAAGUAAUGAGGUUUUAGUCGCAAAAUCCGCUUGAAGUGUUCGAGGCAGAGUUGUGGCUGCCGCGAAUUUAUAAUAUUUGUAUACAAACAAAAAAAUUGAGAAAGGAAAUUCUGUGCAUGUGAUAUUGGACGAAAAUUACCGUUGAUGAUACCAAAACACUCAGGAGUAUUGCCUUCAAGAAUUCGACUGCAGAGAUCGACCGAAGAAAAUUUCGUACCGAAGGCCUUUGCUUUAUUUAGCUCAAAGUGCGGUUAAAAUGUCAUCAAUUUUGACCAAUUUCUGAAUUAGUUUGCUAGACAUGAUAGUGCAAACAGAAAUGGAGAUAAUUGUCUUUCAUGCAAAUUCGUUAAUAAAGAUUUAACAUGGUUUGCUUGAUCAUACAUAUUAUAGGUCAAUGAAGUUAAUGUAGCAUCAAAUGAUUACUGCUUUAGUGCACGGUCACGUCGUAUUGAGUUUUUCAAUCUCUUUUUAGUACUUUGCCCAGAUGAUUUUCCUGUGAAAUACCUCUCUUUUCGCUUUGUCACUUGGAGUACUAUUUUUGUUGUGUGAUUGCUUCAUUUUAGAAAACUUAUUUUCCCAGACCGUGAAUAUAAUUUGCUCUAGUCAUACUGAUUUGCAAAGCACUGAGGUAUAUUCAAUUAGCAGUCGAACAAACUUUACCCUGUUGGACGUGAAAUCAAGAUGUGAACAUGAAUUUAUCCUAUCUCCCUCUCCUUCGAAUUUUCGUUUGAGUUGGCCCAGAAACUUCAGUACCCCAGAAAUUGUUGCAUCAACAAUGUUUGCAAAUUAGCGACAAUGUUUUAUUCGUGUUCUUUCGUGCAUUUAUAGUUGUCAUCGACUUUUGUUUACCGCAGAGUAUGUUUAUCAUAGUACGUUUAGUUUCUAGUUUGCCCUCGAGACAAUUAUGAGCCUAUUGUGAAAUUUUACUAAACUUGAAAAUACAGCAAGGCUAAGGAAUUGCGAAACGAAGUUUGCCGCGUAACCCAUUUUCAUGAAGUUAGCAAUACUGAAAUAGCGUUCAGUGUCGGGGUCUUAGGGUAGAUUGUUUACAAUCAGGACAAGAUUUCCAGAAUUAGGGAUCAUUUACAUUAAAGGAAGCAAACCGGAAUUUUUAAGAUCUUUGCACGGGAAAGACAGAAAACGAAAGAGAAUAAAUUAACGUUUGAACAUAAAAUUUCCUCCUACAUGGCAUUGUUUUGUUCCCUCCAUGCCAUUAGCUUGGAAAACAUCCUACACCUGUGAAAAUUGCUGGGAAUGGCUGAAUUUAUGAAGUGUGAUAUAGAACUUUCUUUGCUUCACUUUUCUUGAUUAUUAUUAGAAUUCACGUUGAAAUUUAAAGAAAAAGAAAGUAAUUACGAUAUCAUAAAUAAAAACAUUACCAGGCGAUAAACACCGAGAAAGUCUACCGAAAUCAAUUAUCAACAAUACAUUAGGUUUGGACCAGAGACUUAAACGAUUCCGGUUCAAGCCAAUUUUCGCAGGUUCUGGCAUGGCACGCACAAAGGAAAAUUUGUCGUACAUCAGGACAGACAAGUUUCGAUCAUGUGUAUUCUUCGUGAAGGUCACGCGCUCUGGGGUUCGAAAACAAAUGUGUUGAGCCAACAAGAGUUUGUUAUCUAGCUGUUUGUUAUCUGUAUUUACUUUUGCGUGUUAAUGAAUUGUGUUUUCAGUCUUUUGUCUACUGUUCAUUAAAAUAUAUUUUUUUUUCACCUCGGGCUGCCUCGAGUAAGAAUGAUAAUGAUAACCACUCGUUAAGAAUAGAAAAAUUGAAUUUUACUCGUAGAUAUUACAAAAACAUAGGAAUUCUCAGUUAUGAGCUAUUCGGUAACGAGCAAGUCAGUCAGAAAACGUAAUUAUGAUCAGAGUUCCUGCAGAGUUUUGUCAAAUAAUAUAAUGAUUUUUCUUGUUCAUAGUUGUAUACAAUACAUCCUUUGACAUAAACAGACAAACAUGCGAUAUUUCAAAUUCAUUAGCGUCUUCCUCCCAGUACUCAAAGUGCUUUCAAUGUUGAGGCAGAAGAAUACUGUUGGUCUGCCAAUUUGAUAUAGAGAGCCACAAACAUCUUGAUUACAAUUUUAAAGCUUUGACCUACGUGCAGUCCUUUAAACAGAGAUCAUGUUUUUACCUUUAUGUUUUGCAUUUUUUCAGGCCAGCUCAUCUCUCUCCUGCGAUCAGUGUUUAAGAAGGAGGAGAGGUAAAUAAUACUUAUAAAGUUGAAUAGAAAUCACAAUAAGACAAUGUUUUUGCCUCUCACAUGGGACUAUUUUUAGCGCCUGGAAAUAAAGCUAUCUUUAAGCUAUCUUUGGUUCUAAGCCAACAAGGGAACGAUGAUUACCACUGAAGAGAGCGAAGAGUAAUGAAGAGAAUAAUGUACCAAAUUGACGUGGACGAUUAAAAGUGAAAGUAUUCGAGAUUGGAUUUAAACAGAUAAGAAAACUAUACAUUCAGUUGAAUCUGCUGUCUUUGAAAAUCAGUUAUAACUCAUUGUUAUUCCUGAGCCAUAAAAAAGUCAGUCUAAAUUUUCUAGUGAAAGAAGCAAAAAUAUUACGUAUAUUCAAAGGAAAUGUAAUUUUUGGAUUAAAAUCCGUUUUCUUCUCUCUUUUCAGACCUCUAUCGACAUGCUAUCACUGCCUUUUUAAGACGUCGGAGGCAAUCUCUUAGUAAUGGUUAGUAUAUCUGAUUUUGUUUAACAAGUUUUCGGCUGGAACAUGGGCAUCGUUUUGGAGCGGGAAACUUGAACAGUUUGUCAUAAAAAUUCUGGAAAAUAUCACCAUGCCAAAUUUUUAAAUUCAACUAAGGCAGGAAAAGUAUCACUUGGUUUUCUUCAACCUUAGCCCAAGAAUAAACUGUUUUCUGUUUGGCGAAAAAGAUCUCUGGAAAGAGCUUUUUAGAGAAUUAAAUCCAGCGCAAGUCUUAUUUCGAUUAACUUGGCUCAGGAUGAAAGAGUUUUUUCUUAGUCGCAGGCUAUUUAAACCGGGUAAAAUCCAGAGGUUGCCAGCAGGCUCCCAGUAGGCCACGAGUAGCUUACGUGUAACCGUAUCCUCCCCCUCCCCCAGGGUAAAACGGAGGCGAGGGAACGUUUACGCAAACCUGACACUAAUCGUGUUCCGUGACGUCACUCGUUUGUAAGAAAAUGUCCACUGACUUUUUAUUGGUUAACCCUUUUUGCCAAUUCUUUUGUCAACUCUGAUUGGCUAGAGUUGGUGAUUUAUUUUAAUACUUUCGAACAAGAUUGUUCGGCAGGCAUUUCAUCGCCCUCACAGGAGCCCGGCCGUUCGCCUUAAAUGGGUGAACAAAAAUUUUCUCCCAUCCGCAUCGCUCUUUAAUGUAUCAUGAUCCUCAAUAUACACCACUAAGACAGUUGUUUUUCUGUAGCUUAAGGUUAUCCUUUAUUUUAGACUGUGCGAGCAGGGCUGAUGACAAUUCACCCGUACCUGAAAUACAGCUUGCAUCCAAUGUCGCCGUAAAAUUCGGACAGUAUGAUAACACAGACGACUGGUAUGCCUACGUAUCUUGGAGUCCAAUCAAUGGUGCGUAACUGGCUUAUUGCCUGUCCUUUAUUAUUCCAAACAACGCAAACAGCAGUAAUAAAGGAGUAGAAAAAAAAAACUAAAAAAAGCAAAUAAACGAAAAAGCAAAAACAGAGGAAAAAAGAAAGAAAAGGCGUUAUUAGCCUUUGCCCCUGAACACAGAGAUCCACUUAUUCCACAAGCGAAGCAGUGUAACUUUGUUAGUGGCUUUUUUUAAAACAGUCAGUGAACCAGGAGAUCGCUGGCAAAAAGUGAAGUUUUCGCCAGAAGAUAAAUAUUUUCUCUGAGUUAGCUACAAGACCUCACGACGCUGUUGACAAAAUUGAGUGUUUCAUUAAAACGUUGGGCUAGAACCUGCUUUUGAAUAGCAAUGGCUGAACAGUGUUUUGAUGACUGGUAUAAGUAUGAUGCGUUUCUAAAAGUUCUCUUGGAGUUAAACGUGUUAUCGCGCGCAAAAGCGUAAGGAAAAUGUUGUAUUUGAAGACCGAUUGAAAAUUAUCUGAAAACUAGGAAUAUGAUUUACUUCAAUAGAGAAAAUCUAUAAUUAUACGUCUGCAAUUUAUUACAAGGCACAAAAGUUUGCUUGAACCUAUUCAUAUCAUGGCCUCUGAGACUUUUCAAUCCGAAACAGAUAUAUCCUUUGAAUGAUAUAUUUCUCACAAUUCCGCUCUAAACUUCAUGAAAAUAUUCGUUGUCGGAAUAAUUGCCGUGCUUGUCCUAAAGUCUUAUAUUCUCUCUAAUAUUUUUUGUUAAAUUCAUAGAUACGGCUGGUUUUUUAAAAGGCUAUUCUGUUCGUUACUCGUUUGACAGGGAUAUACUUUGUGCUAACGUGCCGAAGGUAAGAAGAGAGGUCUCAUUGCUAGCCCUAUCCAUAAGAUAUUUGAUUGAUCUGGUCGACUGGUAUUGUGUAAACAGGUAAAAUAAGUGUAUACCCUCAUACGAUUCGUGGCUAUUCCAGCAAAGACUGAAUGGAGACUAUCAGUUUGAGAAGCCUCAAGAUUUAUAUUCGCAAUUUAACAAUUGUGCAUGAAACAUCAGCCGCCCUCCGCAAUUUGAGAUACCAAAGAGUAACGUAAUCUUUCGAAAACUGUCUUCAAUUGGGAUGAACAUCGACUGCGAACGCCUUUAUUUCAAUACAAUUGAACAACCUGGAUGCGAACGCAAUACUACAGUUGCAGUUCGCAUUGUGUAAGCAGACACUCAUUAAAUGCAUUGCGACAUCAGUCUUUCUUCGUCCGCGAGAGAGGUUGAGGCCUUGAUCAAAGUCAGCCCGCGAGAGUCCUGAAAAGGGUUCGGCACCUCAUUAUCGGCGUUAGAGCCCAAGCAGACCUCUUGCUCAAGGCCACAAACUUUCUGGCGGCGAAAAAAAUGCUGUAGAGCUAAUAAGACUAACGAUUACAGCCUGCUAUAUACACAAUUCACACACAAAAAGAAAUCAUCAUUUGCUCUUACUGGUAUCAAGAAUGCCUCUUUUGUAGCUCCAAACUCCAGAGAUAUAUUGCACGGAGAAUAGGAAAGAAAAAGGGGAGAAGUGAAGGGAGGGGGGGGGGCAAGACUUUUUUACGUCACAGAUAAGCGACCAGGCCAAUAAGCAAGAUUUAAAAACAGCAGCGUGCGAGUUUUUUGUUCACUUAAUGACACUUUUUUAAUAAUUGCGUGCAUGGUAUUUUUGGCAUACUUUUCUUUUCAACCCCCAUUCGUAAUUCUCCUCACCAGCUGUCACAUCAAAAGGCAUAGUAUCAGGAAAUGAUGAAGCUUUGAUUAAGGCAAAUUUCAUGGACUUUCGUUGUACUUUUCUCCUCCUAUCAUGUUUUUAGAACCAAACGUCUGUCAGAAUAAACAUGUCUAGUUAUGGCUAUAAUCAGGGUGAGAUAAUUCACCUACUGGUAAGUUCAAGGAGUGAAAUGCAGAUUUCCUGAUGUUUUACUCUUUUUGUUUUAGUGUCGUCUUUUGCUCUCAUAUUUCUAAAUGCACUAAAAUAUGUCAUUUCACUGACUUAUUUUUAAUAUACUGAUCCAUCUAACCCUUCUUGCAUGCAUGCAAAGAUGCUUGUAUAUAUACGUGCAUGCAGAAAUGCUUGCAUGCAUUCACUCAUCCGUCCAUUCAUCAUCCUAUUCAAUUUUUCAUUUACGAAUUAAAUUUGUUCAUCUUUUUGUCCAUCCGUUCGUUGGUCCGCUCGUUCGUCAACUUCCCCGUUCCUUCGAUAUUUUAUUCAUUCAUUCAAAUUCCCUAAUUUUUUUCUACUCGAAGGUUGCAAGCAUCCCCCAUAAUAUGACUGUCACUGGGAUGCUGUCAUUCUAUAACGAUAAAAGUAGGUUCUAUCAGAUUAAAAUAAUAAUAAAGAGCAAUAACUGAAUAUAAGGUCUCAAUGGAAUGAUUAACGGCUAACCGUUACAAUUUUUACAGCUAACGGUUUACCCAAAAAUGAUACAAAACUAACACGCUCUACAAGGAACAGUUUUUACGGUUAGCUUUUUUCACGAUUAACGUUUAAAAUCUCCCUGGCUGUUUUACGGCUAACGGUUAACCCCAUUAAGACCCUCUACAUAGAGUAUAAAAUUUGAUAAAUUUUAACUGGUGAUAAGCUCUUCCUUCGAACGUGGGACAAAGAAAAAAAAUUAUCCAUGAGGAAUCGGACCUCAGACUUUCGGAUUAUGUCAGACUUCACGGUGAAAUUUUGAGAUGGUCUUAACCUCCUGACAAUUUAACCCAAUUAGUGGAGGGGGAUGGCAUCCCCAUUUCAGAAUUUCCUAUUUCCUUUUAGUUGAGUAAAGCCGUUUUCUAUUUUAACACCAUAAAUCACAUACAUGUAGGAUAUUCAUUUCUGAUGAUUACACACUUGGCCUCAAGAAGGCACUUGCAGCGUCCACUUGAUCUUUAGAUCCGUCUUAAAUUUACAUUUUAGCUUCAACAUCACCACCACCAUCACAAACUAUGACAUCAGUUAGGGUAACAACGAAAUCAUCGACAGCUGCAAAAGCAUCCAUAGCCACAGAAACAUCAAAAGCAAGGACAACGACGAAAGGUGAGGUGCUGACCCUUUUAAAACAAAGAUUAUCGUUAGUUUCGUCCACCUGUUGCAUUGCUUUCGUACCUCUUCCUCGUUUGUGCUCCGGAAUUCUGUUAGUGUAGAGCUUGGCCUUUGUGCAAAUUAUUACUAAUAACUUCCAAAAGAACCAAUUUUUUUUUACCGACUGUGGUUGGAGGGGGGGGGGGAGUUUGGAGGAUUUUGGGGAAGGAGUACAUCAUACAUCAUGGUUUUUAGGGGAUACAGAGGGGGGGGGGAGGGUCAGUCGACGCCAACAGAGUAUAAAGAGGGUACGAUUAGAAUUGACUUCUUACUUACUGCCAAAGAGGGGGGCUAAGAGAAUAUAUAUAUGUAUAUAUAUAUAUAUAUAUAUAUAUAUAUAUAUAUAUAUAUAUAUAUAUAUAUAUAUAUAUAUAUAUAUAUAUAUAUAUAUAUAUAUAUAUAUAUAUAUAUAUAUAUAUAUAUAUAUAUAUAUAUAUAUAUAUAUAUAUAUAUAUAUACGGGAGGUCCGUAUUGGGAAAAACUGUGCACGAGGUCUUGGAUACCGGCCUCGUAGGGCACAGUUUUCCCCGAUACGGACCGACCUUGGCUGGUGAAUAACAUUUUUAUUUUUUUCUUAAACCUAACAAAUGGUUGCGAAAAGAACCGCCCGCGAUGAAUAAUGACUGAUUCCUAAGUUAAAAAAAAAAUUGGGGUCGAUUGGGUGUUGAGUGUAUGCAGGGGUUCAAGAAAUUAUCUGUAGAUGAUAUAUUCCCCAUAUUCAUGGGGAGUUGUGGUCAUCUAUCUAUCACCCCUGCCCCGAACCAAACUUACCUUCAUUUUUCAGACACUAACAAAUAAAAAAAAAUCGUCAAAUAUUCCCAAGAACUUUGAAAAACUCUAUCCGUGACAAGAAAAUACUUUAUCAUAAUAGGGCUACACAAAAACUUCUCAAAAACACUUUGAGGCAGUCCUGAGAUUUUUUUAAAAAUUUGUUAUUCCUUUUAUUAACUAGUGUUGAAAUUGAUUUAAUAAUUAAAUAAUUUUUUUCCCAGGCUCUGACAAACCCAUGAAAUAUGUGUACAUUUCAGUUGGUGCUGUAGCUGGUGUCUUGGCUGUAGUAUUGGCUGGUGUUUUCCAUAAAAAGUUUAUUAGAAUCUGUGUAAAACGCGGGGGAUUUAACUAUGAUCAUCCACCUAGUGGCUUGUAUUUUUAAUUAAAAAAAAGAACUUUGUUAUAUUCUCUUGAGAAUACUAAUAGUGGGGAGCUUUAGCAAACCACGAUGGCGAUAGCAACGAGGACGUGGCAAAACCAGGGAUCUAAUUAGCAGAACAAUAGCUCAGCGCGUGCGUUUUAAAACUGUGUACAUUUCUUAACCAUCCUCUGAAAAAUAACAACGUGAAAUCAUCAAAAUUUGCGUAGUACGAGAAAGGAAACCCCGACGGAAAAUUAUUUAAGUUUCCAUUUGGAACUCAACGCCGCUCUCAUACGCUAUGCUGAGGUUAACUUUCGGCGCCAUAAAAGAUGGUACACACAUCCAGUCAGUCGCGAAAUUCCAACUGAAAUAUGUAUUAAUUUUUGAUUCGACGUCUUCCUUGGUUUUGCCGUCCUAACUGCCAAAAGUUCCUAAUAUCUCUUAGAAGGGCAAACAACUCAGGCAAACUUUGGACUCACGUUUGGAUAAUAUAUAUCCAUAAAAAUUUAUUUCACCACUUCGAAUUUGUCCUAUUUAGUAGACUGAAACUGUUAGAUUUUCUUGAACUUUGGGGCAAUUUCAUUUUUAUCAAAACGAUACCAAUGGCCGUACUAUCUUUUGAAUUUGCUCAGUGUCUCCUCAAGCCAUAAUAUGAAUUGCUUUAGGAAACAAAGAAGAGAUAGACAAUCAACAUCACAAAAACCUGAUUCCGAUCUUUUGAAAAAUUGAAGCUCCUUUCUCGAUAGUGGGUGACAUUUUUGCACGAUUUCCCGCCUCCGUAAAGAUCUACACGAAAUAGCUGUAAUUCCCUAGCGAAACCGUCAUGAACCUAUUAAGGGGGUAACUUUCUAAAGAAAUUGUGGUGCUACGUCGUUCUUUAUGAAGCACUCUCGCUUUUGAAAUAACAUAUUGGUUAGCCUCAUAUUAAAACUCUUUUGUGCUGUGAAUGAAGCCUGCUCAAGCUUUUACCCUC